ACAAAAAUGGCCUGCACAUACUUUGUGUAUUUAUCGUCUUCAAUGAUAACUAUAUAGUACAUACCUCAAAAGGUUCAACCUUUCUUCUUCACUUUCCUUCCUCAACUUUCCAGCAUUAUUUCCAUUCAUCAAACACAUUCAUGGCUGCAGACUCCUCAUUCGAGCUGGAAAACUCUAUUUCCGGCCACCUCCCACGUUACACCACCCCUGUGGCAGGCUCGUCGCAUUAUGACUCCCGCUCAUUCACACCGGUUAGCUCCGCUCACUCGAGAACUCCCAGAAGGUCUCGCCACCCCACUCCAACUACGCCUUUCGCCUCGGACAAUGACAUGUCGUGGCAAGGCGAGAUCUCCUGGCAGUUUGAGCCGACGGGGUGGAACGAAACUCGCAACUUGGGCUCAGCUAUGAGCCCAUGGGCCACCGUGAGCACGUCCUCUCGCCAGGCCCAGCGUGCCCACCGCUCAGCAAAUUACUACUACCUCUCCCGCACCACUGGCGGGUUUCGUACCUCCCCAAAUCAAUAUUACAACGAGUACUCCAGCUAUGGUGCUGUGACAGAUGGGAGACUUGAACUUAAGAGCUACGUUGCUAGGGACAAUGAAAGCUCAACUUUUGGGAGGAGUAGUUACAAUUAUGGGGAGCAGAAGAAACCCUUUAAAGCAGUUACUCCAAGGUUGGAGGGUAUUAAAGAAGCUGGGAGUGGAAAUUUCAGUGGCAGUGGCGCUUUGGCUAAGAAAGAUUUGCUUGGUUUGAUUGAUUAUCAAACAGCAGAAGAUGAUGAUGAAGAUGAUAGUUUGGGUCAUAGUGGACACCAUGGUCAUGGCCUAUAUCUUGAUCAUGGUCAUAGGCCAUCACACAAAGGACAUGAUCAUGGGUUGUCACCCAUGGGUCAUCAUGGCCAUAGUGGGCUGCACCAUGGCCAUGGUGCACCAUCACAUGGUCAUGACACGUGGCCGCAUUCAAUUACUAGUCACUAUAUUGAUGAUGAGAGUGAUCAGGGUUCUGGGUAUGAUGAUCAUGAUGAUGAGGAUGAGGAUGAGGAUGAUGCAAGGCCAGUGAAGCAAGUUGGGCUGUUUAGCUUGUUCAAGUAUUCAACAAAAUGGGAUAUGUUUCUUGUGUUUUUGGGUUGUGUUGGUGCUCUUAUCAAUGGGGGGUCUCUUCCUUGGUAUUCUUAUCUCUUUGGAAAGUUUGUGAAUAAGAUUGCUAUAGAAUCAAAGGACAUUGACAAAGGCCCCAUGAUGAGAGAUGUAGAGAAGAUAUGCCUGCUUAUGACUGGUUUAGCUGCAAUAGUAGUAGUUGGAGCAUAUAUGGAGAUCACUUGUUGGAGAAUGGUGGGGGAGAGAUCUGCUCAGAGAAUAAGAAGAGAAUAUCUAAAAGCAGUUCUGCGACAAGACAUUAGCUUUUUUGAUACUGAGAUUGCUGCUGGUGAUAUUAUGCAUGGAAUUUCAAGUGAUGUUGCUGCAAUCCAAGAAGUCAUGGGGGAGAAGAUGGCACAUUUCAUUCACCAUAUAUGUACCUUCAUAUGUGGAUACACAGUUGGGUUUCUAAGGUCAUGGAAAGUAACUCUAGUAGUCUUCUCAGUCAUACCAUUGAUGAUGUUAACUGGUAUCGCUUACAAGGCUAUUUAUGUUGGCCUAACCACAAAAGAGGAGUUUUCUUACAGGACAGCUGGUACUGUAGCCGAGCAAGCUAUCGGUUCAAUCAGAACAGUAUUUUCCUUUGUUGCGGAGGAUCAUUUGGCUGAAAAAUAUUCUGCAUUAAUUGCCAACUUGGUGCCUUUUGGAGCAAAGAUUGGCUUUGCUAAGGGUGCAGGAGUCGGAGUUAUCUAUCUUGUUAGUUAUUCUACAUGGGCGUUGGCUUUCUGGUACGGUUCUAUUUUGGUUGCUAAGGGUGAGAUCACUGGAGGUGCUGCCAUUGCUUGUUUCUUUGGUGUAAAUGUCGGGGGAAGGGGCUUGGCAUUGUCACUGUCAUACUUUGCUCAGUUUGCACAAGGGACCGUAGCAGCAGGCCGAGUAUUUGAAAUUAUAGAUAGAGUUCCAGAAAUAGAUCCCUACAGCCCAGUAGGUAGGAAACUGUCAAAUGUUCGAGGAAGGAUUGAAUUUAAAGGCAUUUAUUUCGCAUACCCGUCUCGUCCUGAAGCUCCAAUUUUUCAUUCGCUUAAUCUGGUCAUUCCAUCUUCAAAGACACUAGCACUUGUUGGCUCUAGCGGAGGUGGAAAGUCUACGAUCUUUGCUCUUAUAGAGAGGUUCUAUGACCCUACCAAAGGUACAAUAACAUUGGAUGGUCAUGAUUUAAGGUCACUUCAGGUGAAGUGGCUAAGGGGUCAGAUGGGCAUGGUUGGUCAGGAGCCAGUGCUCUUUGCCACCAGCAUUUUAGAAAACGUGUUGAUGGGGAAAGAGAAUGCCACCAAGAAAGAAGCAAUUACUGCCUGCAUUGCUGCCAAUGCUCACAGCUUCAUUUCUGGACUUCCACAUGGCUAUGACACUCAGGUUGGAGACAGAGGAACACUACUCUCAGGUGGUCAGAAACAAAGAAUUGCAUUGGCUCGAGCGAUGAUCAAGGACCCUAGAAUCCUUCUCUUGGAUGAGCCUACCAGUGCCUUAGACCCUGAAUCCGAGACUGUAGUCCAACAGGCUAUUGACAAAAUUUCCUCAGGACGAACAACUAUUGUAAUUGCUCACAGGCUAUCAACUGUAAGAAACUCUCAUGCCAUUGUUGUUCUUGACAGUGGCUCUGUCAUUGAGAUUGGUAACCACCGCCAGCUCAUGGAAAAAGCAGGGGCGUAUUAUAGCCUCGUUGAGCUUGCUUCUGAUGGAGUGACAAAACCUUUUUCGGAACAAUAUGAUACUGGAAUUAGCCCUCAGUUUUCCAGGUUUGACAAAUCAACUUAUGAUGUAUCAAGAUCAACAUUCAUGCAAGAUCGAAACCAAGUAGAAGAGAAAGAGGUCCAAAAACCAAUUCCAAGAAAGGUUCAGCUUUCAGAUUUAUGGUUGUUACAGAGGCCUGAGCUCCCAAUGCUAUUAGUUGGAUUUCUUUUGGGCAUGCAUGCAGGUGCGAUUCUAUCUAUCUUCCCUUAUAUUCUAGGCCAAGCACUUGUAGUAUAUUUUGAUAGAGAGCCAUCAAAGAUCAAAACAGGAAUCGCGCCCCUUUGCUUAGUACUUGUUGCACUUGGCUUUGGGAAUAUACUCUUCAUGACAGGACAACAAGGCUUGUGUGGCUGGGCUGGAACAAAGCUCACAAUGAGAGUGAGAAACCUUCUUUUCCGUUCCAUACUUAAACAAGAACCUGGUUGGUUUGAUUUUGAAGAAAACUCAAAAGCGGUACUUGUCUCUAGGAUUUCAAUGGAUUCUGUGGCUUUUCGUGCCGUCCAUGUUGAUCGAUUAUCAGUCUUGUUUAUGGGGUUGAGUUCAGCUAUGGUUGGAUUGGGUAUAUCCUUUUGGCUUGAAUGGAGGCUAGCUCUUUUGGCUGCUGCUCUCACUCCUUUCACUCUUGGUGCAAGUUACUUGAGCUUGAUCAUAAAUAUAGGGCCCAAACUUGACAAUGAUGCUUAUGCCAAGGCUAGCAAUAUUGCUUCUGGUGCAGUUUCAAACAUAAGGACGGUUGCAACAUUUUCUGCUCAAGACCAGUUGAUCAAGUCCUUUGAUAGUGCUUUAUCGGAGCCAAAGACAAAAUCAAUGAGAAGAACACAAAUAAUGGGCCUAGCACUCGGGUUCUCUCAAGGUGUUAUGUACGGAGCUUACACCUUAACUCUCUUGUUUGGUGCUUACCUUAUGAAAGAAAACAAAACUAAUUUCGGUGAUGUUUACAAAAUCUUUCUCAUUCUUGUUCUGAGCUCAUUUUCUGUGGGACAAUUAGCCGGUCUUGCACCAGACACAUCUAUGGCUGAAACAGCAAUUCCAGCAGUUUUUGAUAUAAUGACUCGUAAGCCAUUAAUCAGCAGUGGCAGAGGAAAAGAUAAGAAGAUUGAAAGGUCGAAACCUUUAGAUAUUCACUUCAAAAUGGUGACAUUUGCAUACCCAUCAAGGCCUGAGGUAACUGUGUUGAGUGAAUUUUCCCUCAAGGUCAAAGGUGGUAGCACAGUGGCAUUGGUGGGUGGAAGUGGAUCGGGAAAAUCAACUGUCAUAUGGUUAAUACAAAGGUUUUAUGAUCCAACUCAAGGGAAGGUGAUGAUGGGGGGAGUGGAUUUGAGGGAGAUUGAUGUGAAGUGGUUAAGAAGGCAAACAGCUUUAGUUGGUCAAGAGCCUACAUUGUUUGCUGGCACUAUAAGAGAGAACAUUGCUUUUGGCAACCCGGAUGCUUCAUGGACUGAAAUUGAAGAUGCUGCAAGAGAAGCUUACAUCCACAGCUUCAUUAGUGGCCUCCCUCAAGGCUAUGAAACUCAGGUUGGUGAGAGUGGGGUUCAGCUAUCUGGGGGGCAGAAGCAAAGGAUUGCCAUAGCAAGAGCUAUACUGAAGAAAUCAAAGGUACUACUUCUAGAUGAAGCAAGUAGUGCACUAGAUUUGGAAUCUGAGAGACAUAUACAAGACGCACUUAGGAAAGUCAGCAAAAGGGCCACGACAAUCAUAGUCGCUCACCGGCUUUCUACUAUCAGGGAAGCUGAUAUGAUAGCAGUUAUGAAAGAUGGUGGCAUCACUGAAUAUGGGAGCCAUGAUACGCUCAUGAAAUCUCAUCUUAAUGGCGUGUAUGCCAGCUUGGUGCGUGCAGAAACCGAAGCCAAUGCAUUUUCUUAAGCCAUCCAGGACUUUUCAGGUGGAGAAUCACUUUGUAAUCGCUUGUAGUUAUAGAGAACUAGAGUCCAGUUUAAUGUAAUUUGGUCUGCUUCCAUCUGAUACAAGGGAUUGUAAUUGAUAUACCAACAUAUACCCAAAUUUGGAAGGUGAUUUUUGUAUGAGCCUGUCAUAUAUGACAUACAUCUCACAACAUGUUGCUGUUAGCAUUUUUA